CGUCCAUCUAGGGUCCAGCUAGAAUCUACAUCCGGCUAUGAAUUCGGUGCCUAAACAAGAUUGUGGCGCGCUUGAGAAAACGAAUGAGCCACUGUCAGGUCGGACAUCUCGGCGUUGCGUCGCAGCGAAAGUCUCUCCACUCUCAUACGGCCGGCCCAUGAAAGCCGUCCUGGUGUUGAUGGGCGCGGGUGAACGGCUAGCACAAACCCGUUGACAGCCAAGUAUUGCAAAUCUCGCUUAGUUUUGGAUACCGGCACCAUUAGUCAUUUCGUGUGUUGCGGGUGCGGGUGCCUUGUUCGUUCACGCAUCAGGUACGUAAGUAGUCCCAAGCGCGGGAAGGGAGGCUAGGCACGAAUUCUGCGACUCGUUCAACCUGUCUACGCUAGACCGGCUGAUUCUGCCAGCCCCUUGUCACACGCAAGGCCCUGAAACCGCCUCAGCUGGUCUAAACGAUUGGUCAUGCUGUCAAUGGGAACAUUUGAUGCCGAGUGAUCGUCCAUCACGAU